CGACGACGGUCUCACGAUCCACUGAUUCGAAUUGUACACAACAACCACCAAUCGAACGCGCAGCGUCUUCCGAACACGACAAUUGUUGUAGCAUGUCUCUUCGAUGGUUUUUGAAAGAGUAACAGCAGGAACGGAGAUGGGUGUGCGAUUGUAUUAUACUCUACUGGCAAAAAUAAUAGCAGCAUUCACAAAAACGAUGACGAUCUCACGAUCCACUGAUUCGAAUUGUACACAACAACCACCAAUCGAACGCGCAUUUUCUUCUGAACACGACGAUUGUUGUUGCAUGUCUCUGCGAUGAUUCUGGAAGGAGUAGGGACAGGAACGGGGAUGGAUAUGCGAUUCUAUUAUACACCAGGCAACAAAAGAAAUAAAUUACACCCACCAAAAAGAACGACGUUUUUUGCGAUCCUCUACUGUUAUUCUCUGUCUCUUUACUACUAUUGUCAUCCCCGUCAUCAUGUCAUCAUCACCACCAGAAUAAUCAUGGACACCACACUGCCGCAAAAAUAAACUUGUCAUCUGUUGCGUUA